AUGGAGUCCAUCGUUCUGCACAAGCUAGGAAAGCCCCACAGCAUUGGCAGCUCCGAACGGAUUCAGCUCUCAGGAAUGUACAACGUUCGAAAAGGGAAAAUACAUUUGCCAGUCAACAGAUGGACAAGACGCCAAGCUAUCCUGUGUGGAACAUGCCUAAUUGUCUCGUCAGUGAAAGAAAGCCAGACGGGAAAGAUGCAUGUCCUCCCUUUAAUUGGUGGAAAAGUGGAAGAAGUGAAAAAGCACCAGCACUGUUUAGCAUUUAGCUCCUCUGGACCUCAAAGCCAGACCUACUACAUUUGUUUCGAUAACUUCACGGAAUACUUGCGAUGGCUUCGACAAGCAUCAAAGGUUGCAUCACAACGCAUAAGCUCAGUGGACCUUUCAUGCUGCAGCCUGGAGCACCUGCCUGCCAACCUGUUUUAUAGCCAAGACCUCACUCAUCUCAAUUUAAAGCAGAACUUCCUGAGGCUAAACCCCAGCCCGUCCACAAGCAGAGCGCUCGGUGAAUUACAAAGAUUCACCAAGUUGAAGAGCCUUAACCUUUCCAAUAAUAAUUUAGGAGACUUUCCACUGGCAGUCUGCGGUAUCCCAACCCUGACAGAACUCAACGUGUCCUGCAACGCCCUCAGAAGUGUUCCAGCAGUUGUAGGCGAGAUGCACAACUUGCAGACAUUUUUGCUGGACGGCAACUUUCUCCAGUCCCUUCCCGAUGAAUUGGAGCAUAUGCAUCAGCUCAGCUACGUGAGUCUGUCCUUCAAUGAGUUCACCAACGUUCCAGGGGUGCUGGAGAAGCUGACUGCCAUGGAUAAGCUCUGUAUGGCAGGAAACUGCAUGGACACCCUCAACCUGCAGGUGCUGAAAAGGAUGCCUCAUAUUAAACACGUGGACCUAAGAUUGAAUUCAAUUAGGAGGUUGGAGGCCGAAGAAAUAGAUUUUCUGCAUCACGUGACCCAGCUGGAUCUCAGAGACAACAAACUGGGGGAGCUGGACGCCACGGUUUUUAACAACGUUGAAGUGUUGCACUGCGAGCGGAACCAGCUGGUGACCCUCAAAAUCAGCGGGUAUUUCCUCAAAGCCCUGUACGCCGCCUCGAAUGAACUUGUUCAUCUUGAUGUGUAUCCAGUUCCUAAUUGCCUGGCUUAUAUGGAUAUUUCUAGAAAUCACCUGGAAAACCUGCCUGAGUGGGUGUGUGACAGCAGGAAACUGGAAGUGUUGGAUGUUGGCCACAAUCGGAUACGUGAGCUGCCUGCCCGGUUGUUUUACAAUAAUAGCUUGCGUAAGCUGCUGGCAGGACAUAACCUGUUAGGAAGGCUACCGGAUCGGCUCGAGCGAACACAGGUGGAGGUCCUGGACGUGCAACACAACCAGCUCCUUGAACUGCCAUCUAACCUGCUUUUGAAAGCAGACAGCCUGAGAUUUCUCAACGCCUCUGCCAACAAACUGGAAAUGCUUCCUCCACGUGUCCUUUAAAAGAAAAAUUCUCGUUUUCCUAGCAAAAUGGCCAAGCUGGAAGACUUGGAGGAAAUUGAUAUCAGUGGGAACAAACUGAAAGCCAUUCCAACGACCAUCAUGAACUGCAGACGCAUGCACACUGUGAUUGCUCACUCCAACUGCAUCGAAGUCUUCCCAGAAGUCAUGCAGCUCUCUGAAAUAAAGUGCGUGGACCUCAGCUGCAAUGAACUGAGCGAAGUCACAUUGCCUGAGAACCUGCCUCCAAAGCUGCAGGAGCUGGACCUGACUGGAAAUCCCAGAUUAGCCCUGGACCACAAAACCCUGGAGCUGCUGAACAAUAUCCGUUGCUUCAAGAUCGACCAGCCCUCGGCCGGCGACGCCUCGGGAGCCCCGGCGGUGUGGAGCCACGGCUACACGGAAGCGUCGGGCGUCAAGAACAAGCUGUGCGUGGCAGCACUUUCAGCCAAUAACUUCUGCGACAACCGAGAGGCACUCUACGGGGUUUUCGAUGGCGACCGCAACGUGGAGGUGCCCUAUCUGCUGCAGUGCACGAUGAGCGACAUCUUAGCGGAAGAGCUGCAGAAAACGAAAAAUGAGGAGGAAUACAUGAUCAACACGUUCAUCGUCAUGCAGAGGAAACUUGGAACAGCUGGACAAAAACUUGGAGGCUCUGCUGUGCUUUGCCAUAUAAAACAUGAUCCCAUGGACCCUGGUGGAUGCUUCACGCUGACCUCGGCCAACGUGGGGAAGUGCCAAACCGUUCUCUGCCGGAAUGGGAAACCUCUGCCUUUGUCCAGGUGUUACGUGAUGAGUUGUGAAGAAGAGCUGAAGAGAAUUAAGCAGCACAAGGCCAUUAUCACAGAGGAUGGCAAAGUGAACGGUGUGACGGACUCAACAAGAAUUUUGGGGUACACCUUCCUUCACCCGAGCGUUGUGCCGCGUCCUCACGUCCAGUCCAUCACCUUAACUCCGCAAGAUGAGUUCUUCAUUCUGGGGAGCAAGGGGCUGUGGGACAGCCUCUCGAUGGACGAAGCGGUGGAGGCAGUCAGAAACGUGCCUGAUGCGCUGGCAGCCGCGAAGAAGCUUUGCACCUUGGCCCAGAGCUACGGCUGCAACGACAGUAUCAGCGCUGUCGUGGUUCAGCUCAACGUGACGGAGGACAGCUUCUGCUGCUGUGAACUUAAUGGGGUCCCACCUCCCAGCCCGGGCAUCUUCCCCCAGUCUGUCAACGUGGUCAUCAAGGACAGGCCGGCAGAUGCGCUCGGGAUGCCGUCUUCGAGCAGCGGCAUGGCUUCGGAGAUCAGCAGCGAGAUCUCCACCUCUGAAAUGAGCAGUGAGGUGGGGUCCACGGCCUCCGACGAGCCUCCCCAGGUGGCCAUGAACGAGAACAGCCCGGCCUACCCGGGGGAGCAGCGCUGCAUGCUGCACCCCGUCUGCCUGUCCAGUUCUUUCCAGCGGCAGCUCUCCAGCGCCACGUUCUCCAGCGCCUUCUCCGACAACGGCCUUGACAGCGAUGACGAGGAGCCCAUUGAGGGGGUCUUCACCAACGGCAGCCGCGUGGAAGUGGAGGUGGACAUCCACUGCAGCCGAGCGAAGGAGAAGAGCGUGGCGCCGCAAGAGAGGAGCCACAACUUAAUCGAAGUCGCGGCGGAUGCGCCGCUCAGAAAAACGGGGGGCUACUUUGCCGCCCCGGCGCAGCCCGAUCCCGACGACCAGUUCAUCAUCCCCCCGGAGCUCGAAGAAGAAGUCAAGGAGAUCAUGAAGCACAUGACAACAUUUAUCAGAUCGCAGCUUGUUAUCAGGCCAGGGUUCCACUGCUGA